UCACGCUCAGGGUUUGAAAUUGAAAUCCAAAUCCCCUUUCCAUCUCCGUCCCCCGUUGCCCUCUCUCUCUCUCUCUCUCUCUUUCUCUCGAGCAUUUUGAAUCCCCUCCUUGAUCUUCACGCUCCUUCCGAUCGGAGAUCUUCCAGAUUUCGGAAACGGUCGUCUUCGCCGUCUAGAUCUUCACCGGAAAUGGAGAAUCUGAUAGCACUGGUGAACAAGCUGCAGAGAGCCUGCACGGCCCUGGGCGAUCACGGUGAAGAGAGCGCUUUGCCCACGCUCUGGGACUCCCUCCCUUCCAUAGCCGUCGUCGGUGGCCAGAGCUCUGGGAAGUCAUCAGUGCUGGAGAGCAUUGUUGGGAAGGAUUUUUUGCCUCGUGGAUCUGGAAUUGUUACCCGGCGCCCUCUUGUACUGCAGCUUCAUCGGAUUGAUGAAGGAAGGGAAUAUGCUGAGUUCAUGCAUCUCCCAAGAAAGAGGUUCACUGAUUUUGCUGCUGUAAGGAAGGAGAUUGCUGAUGAGACUGAUCGAGAGACCGGCCGCUCAAAACAAAUUUCAAGUGUUCCGAUUUAUCUUAGCAUUUACUCCCCCAAUGUUGUGAACCUGACUCUCAUUGAUCUCCCUGGGCUCACAAAAGUAGCUGUUGAGGGUCAGCCUGACAGCAUUGUGGAGGACAUUGAGAACAUGGUUCGAUCCUAUAUUGAAAAGCCCAACUGUAUAAUUCUUGCAAUCUCUCCUGCCAAUCAAGAUCUUGCUACAUCUGAUGCAAUUAAGAUUUCUCGUGAAGUAGAUCCCAAAGGUGAGAGAACAUUUGGAGUUUUAACAAAGAUUGAUCUUAUGGACAAGGGUACUGAUGCAGUUGAUAUCUUGGAAGGAAAAUCAUAUAAGCUGCAAUUUCCUUGGAUUGGUGUGGUUAAUCGGUCUCAAGCUGAUAUUAACAAAAACACUGAUAUGAUUGCUGCUCGGCGUAGAGAGCGGGAGUAUUUUUCGAAUACCCCCGAGUACAAGCAUCUUUCUCACAGGAUGGGAUCUGAGUAUUUGGGAAAAGUUCUUUCCAGACAUCUGGAACAAGUUAUCAAGUCUCGAAUCCCAGGUCUUCAAUCUCUCAUUAACAAGACCAUCAUUGAACUAGAAACAGAGUUGAGCCGUCUUGGAAGGCCUGUUGCCACAGAUGCUGGAGGGAAACUAUACAUGAUUAUGGAAAUAUGCCGGAUUUUUGAUGGAAUAUUCAAAGAACAUCUUGAUGGCAUACGGCCAGGGGGUGAUAAAAUCUACUCCGUAUUUGACAAUCAACUUCCUGCUGCUUUAAAAAGGUUGCAAUUUGACAAGCAUCUUUCAAUGGAGAAUGUAAGAAAGCUGAUUACUGAAGCUGAUGGAUAUCAACCUCAUUUAAUAGCUCCUGAACAAGGGUAUCGCCGCCUCAUUGAAUCUACCCUGGUUACUAUUAAAGGCCCUGCUGAGGCGGCAGUUGAUGCGGUUCAUGCCAUCCUGAAGGAACUGGUUCACAAGUCAAUCAAUGAGACUAUGGAGCUAAGGCAGUAUCCUACUCUCAGAGUGGAAGUUGGAAAUGCAGCUGGUGAAUCAUUGGACAGGAUGAAGGAAGAAAGCAAAAAAGCCACUCUACAGCUUGUAGAAAUGGAGUCCAGUUACUUGACAGUUGAUUUCUUCCGCAAGCUUCCUCAAGAUGUCGAGAAGGGUGGAAAUCCAACACAUUCAAUAUUUGAUCGAUAUAAUGACUCGUAUCUGAGACGAAUUGGAACCACUGUCUUGUCUUAUGUAAACAUGGUUUGUGGAAGCUUGAGGAACUCCAUUCCAAAGUCCAUUGUGUAUUGUCAAGUGCGGGAGGCCAAACGUAGCUUGCUCGAUCAUUUCUUCACUGAGUUGGGUUCAAAGGAGGCAAAACAGUUGGGUUCCCUCUUGGAUGAGGAUCCGGCAAUAAUGCAGCGGCGUAUCAACCUGGCGAAGAGACUGGAACUGUACAGAUCUGCCCAAACGGAGAUUGAUAACGUUGCCUGGGCCAAGUAGAGGGAGAGGGAGUAGUCUGUUUUAUCCUCCCCUCUUUUUAUUUUUCUUGCAUCUUUCAUCUCCCUAUUAGUGAGUGAUGUAGGAGUGAGUAUUGUGAAGGCUGUGAUUCAUUCUAAUUCUUUUGUAAUGACUGCUGAUUUGCCUCCCUCGUCUUUCCAUUACACACACUUGGGGAAAGAUUGAUAUAUCAUCAGUUUUGUUGUACCUACGUUGUUGCAUUUGGCACCCAAAUUAUUGUCACCGAUCCACUUCUGUUGUCUUCUUCAACUUGAAAAAAUUAUUAUAAUUAGGAAAGACAUGGAUUUUGCCUUGUUGUCUCUUUUUA